UAUAUUCAAGAGUAACGAUAAUAUAAAAAGGGUGCUCCAGUUUUAUUCCGUACUGAUAGUUUAGAUAAUGGCCGUGUUCGGGUUCAGUUUAAUUGCUUUAACCGUGAUUACAUUAUGUUGUGCAUUAGAAUUAUCGACUUUCGAUAUAAAACCAGAGCCUAUACCCAUUUUGGGUCACUGGUGGGGUUCCGAAGCCGUUAACGACAACAACAAGAUAGUGGGGGGACAAGAGGCCUGGAUCGAGGACCAUCCGUACCAGGUUUCCUUCAUAGUGAACAACUCCUACUUCUGCGGAGGAUUCAUCGUGAGCGAGACAUACAUCCUCACGGCGGCUCAUUGUGCUCAGGAUGUGGACCCUACAACAGUGGUACUUCGAGCUGGAAGCGCCUCCCGGAAGAAUGGAACCAUAAUACCCAUAGCGGAAGUCAUUCCUCAUCCGGAAUACAACGAUCCUCCCUUCGAUAAGGACGUAGCGGUCAUGAGGACCGUGGACCCCAUUACCUUCUCUGACACCAUGCAGCCAAUACCACUUCCGAAGCUUCAACGACCUAUGAGAGGAGGUACUAAGAUCAUGGUGAGCGGCUGGGGGAGAAUGAAGCAAGGUGCGUCUAGCAUUCCUGAGAGGUUGAUGGACGUCGAGAUUCCCGUGGUGUAUUACGCGGCUUGCCUUGCAUCCUACCCGGGGAUUCUGACCCAAAACAUGUGGUGUGGAGGCAACUACUUCUUAGGCGGUCAGGGAACUUGUCAAGGCGACUCCGGAGGCGCUGCGAUCCAAGACGGGAUGGCAGUGGGCAUCGUGUCGUUCGGCCGCGGGUGCGCGCAGCCGCUCUCGCCGAGCGUGUUCGCGAACAUCGCCGCGCCUACCAUACGGAACUUCAUCGAGCAACAUACGGGCCUUUGAAUACUUUACUCUAAAUGGCAGUCUAGAGCUCGUCUAAGCUAACUCUGCGCUGGAUUUUACAGAAAAAAGUGUUUGAAGGUGCCAUUAUAAACGUCAUAUAUCUUUAAAGAAAUUUGACGUUUGGUAUACGCUUCCAAACUUUAUCAUUACAUAAUCUAUGCAGAGGCAUUGAAGUAUUAUUACUAAGAACCGGCACAGAGAACUAGUAUUUAGCGCCACAAGUUGUUGUUGCUUUAACAACAAACCAAAGCGAAGCGUGAAUCUCGCGACCUAAACGCGUAAGCGCCAUACAUUUUUAAAGCGCUUACGACGUUUUGGUUGUGUGGUAUAGGUUGCGAUUGCGACAAUUUCAUUGUUUGGUAUGGCAUCUCUAAUGUGCAGAGUUACGAGAUUAGUUCGACUCUAGUGAUUCCAUUGCCUGUAUUUUUAUCCUCCGGAUUACCAGUGUAUUUAAUAUUAGUUUUUAUAUAAAUGAAUAAUUAUACGACGUCAAUUAUAAUUAUGUUAAUAUGAUAUUGACAGUUUGUACUUUAUUGUCACAAAACCAA